AGUAGGCCCAAGGGCUCCUAUUAGACGCGAGAAGGAAACGACGGGAACCACCGAGACAGGCCCGUACCCCCGACCAGACACCACACCACCGCCCUCUCGCCGCCGCGCCUCCGACCCAAGCCACACCGCCCGCCGCCGUCGCAGGGAGCGGCCGCUCCGAUGAUGAUGGCGGGGCCGUACCACCAGCCGACGACCCUGGAGGAGGUCCGCACGCUCUGGAUCGGCGACCUCCAGUACUGGGCCGACGAGAACUACCUCUACGGCUGCUUCGCGCACACCGGCGAGGUGCAAUCCGUAAAAUUAAUACGCAACAAAUUAUCUGGUCUUCCAGAGGGCUAUGGAUUCAUUGAAUUCAUUUCACAUGAAGCUGCUGAGAAAGUUCUACAGGCUUAUAAUGGCGCACAAAUGCCUGGAACUGAGCUUACAUUCAGAUUGAACUGGGCAUCGUUCAGUUCUGGUGAGAAGCGUCCAGAUGCUGGACCUGACCAUUCAAUUUUUGUAGGAGACUUGGCACCUGAUGUCACAGAUUACUUACUACAAGAGACUUUCCGAGUGAACUAUUCAUCUGUUAGGGGGGCCAAGGUUGUCACAGAUCCAAAUACCGGGAGAUCUAAAGGAUAUGGAUUUGUAAAGUUUGCAGAUGAAAAUGAGAAGACCCGUGCAAUGUCAGAGAUGAAUGGUGUUUAUUGCUCAACAAGACCUAUGCGGAUAAGUGCUGCAAUUCCUAAGAAAUCAUCUGGAUCUCAGCUUCAAUAUGGAGCUGCUAAAGCCAUGUACCCAGCAACAGCUUAUGCAAUUCCGCAGGCCCAAACAGUUCUACCAGAUAGUGAUCUUACAAACACUACUAUAUUUAUUGGUAACUUGGACCCAAAUGUGACGGAAGAGGAGCUGAGGCAGAUUUGCGUGCAGUUUGGGGAGCUUAUAUAUGUAAAAAUUCCAGUUGGUAAAGGAUGUGGAUUUGUACAAUAUGCAUCUAGGGCAUCAGCUGAGGAGGCUGUGCAGCGUCUUCAUGGCACAGUGAUUGGUCAACAGGUGGUUAGGCUUUCAUGGGGCAGAAGUCCUGCCAAUAAACAGGAUCAAUCAGCUGCCUGGGGUCAGCAGGCAGAUCCUAAUCAAUGGAGUGCUUAUUAUAGCUAUGGAUAUGAUCCAUAUGGGUAUCCUCAGGACCCAUCAUAUGCAUAUGGUGCUUAUGCAGGAUAUGCACAGUAUCCCCAACAGGUUGAGGGAGCAACCGACAUGGCAUCAGCAGCUGGUGGCCAUGCCCCAGGCAUGGAACAAAAUGAGGUGUAUGAUCCAAUGAGCUUACCUGAUGUCGAGAAGCUGAACGCUUCAUACAUGGCGGUUCAUGGUAGCGCGGUGCUAGGACGGCACCUGUGGUUGAAGACCUCACCAUUGUCUCAGUCGGCUUGAGCAGGAGCAACCCGUCCAUCUAUCGCUCAUCGUUGACUUCUUUCUGAAGAUUUUGAGGGUCCCUCCGAGCAGUAACUACGGGAUCGAGAUUAUGACAGGCAGCUUAGCUAGCUUCAUGUAUGUUGGGUCGCAUGUACUGUGAUUUAGGAAACCUCUUCUGUUAGCCCUGUCCUUGUUUAUCCGAAGCAACAGGUUUAUGCCAACGAUGGUGCUGCCAAGUUUCUGUCAUGUAAUCACCGCAAAAAGGAACAAGUGUUGGGGUAUUAUGCAGCAUAAGAAUGCUUCUUUAUCCUGAUCUUGUGUGGCGCAGAUAAAAAUUUCUGGUGGGUGAAA